CUGGUACGAGGACGGCUGUURACCGUAGUUGCACACCCAAAGACAAACCCUCCGACAUCUUCGAACGAGUUCCAAGCGUCUAUCCAAUCGCAAGAGAGGCUCUCCGUUCGAUCCAAUCUAGUUUACUUGAAUCCGUCUAUACCAUGGCCAAAAAGAAGCAACAAAAGGAACCCGUCGAAGUCGUCGAGUCCGACAACGAGGAAGAGGAGGACGUCGACGAAGAGGAGGAGGAAGAAAUGGAGCUCCUGCAGGUCGACGUCGGCGACAUGAUCAAGGUGAAGCAGAUCCUGGACGAGACCGUCGCGGCAACCGUCCUGGAGCAGAUCGAUGAGGACUAYCGCUUUGACAACUUCAAGCUCAUCCUCAUGACGGUCGCCUGCAUCUUUGCCAUGAUCGCCCAGUUCGCCCCGCUGCCCUUCCCGGACGCCCGCAUCGUCGUCGGGCUCUGCUGCGCCUGCUACUUUUKCCUGAGCGGGAUCCUGCAGCUGAUCACCACGUUUAUCGACCAGGACUGCAUCCUUCUGACCAAGCCGCUCCCUGCGGAGGGAAAGAGCAACGACGAAGACGGGGGCAUCAACGAGGACACCGGGAAGAAGAUCUUCCGAAAGGACCCCAAGGACAUCAAGAGCAAGGACCUCUUUCGGUACGGUGUCCGGGUUCGGUCGCAGUUCCCCCGGUUCUCGGAAUGGUACACGGUCAUCCUGGAGUUUGAAAAGAUGGAAAACACGCCCACGGUCACGCAAAARUGGAGCGUUGGGCAAUUCUUCGACAAGGAGGGCAUGUUCGACGAGAUUGGUCUCCAGCUGGAGGUAGAAAAACUGUACAGGCGCCUCGAAGACGCCGACUACGAUAGCCAAAAGAGUGCAUCGGACAAGAAAAAAGACUGAGCCGCCGGGAUGAMAAUAUAUGAGCGAGAACGGUGCGAACACUGCGGAAGGAAUUAUUCAGUAAAAUUGACUUYUGGAA